UCAUGCUAGUGUAUUCCCAGACAGGAACCUGGCCGCAGGACGAUGGCGUUAGCGGUGCUGCUGCUGCUGGAGUUGGGUCUGUACGCCAGCUGCUUCGUCUGUGGGAUUGUUGCCGCCGCUUCCAUCACCAUAGUCCAGGGUAAUUUUGGAGGCCGCUGUAUGCUUUAUGGACUUGUCAACUACAAUGCUACAGAAAGCCUCAUCGGGGUCCAGUCAUCCAGCGCGCCGUCUCUUUGCUAUUUUGUGUCGGCGAUAUCAGUCAUAGUAGCGGUGGUGUGUUUCUCACUGUCUCUGUACUGGGUGUACACUUGCUGCAUCGACGGGGAAAUCAGAAGGGAGCGGGUGUGGAUGAACCUGAUUAUAGCUGUGAGUGGCGUCUUCCUGUUCUUCCUGCUCAUCACGGGGUGCAUGCUGAAGAUCGGACGUGACUCGCUCUGCAACUCGGUCAUACAGAGCGUUCACAACAUCACCAGAUGUGAAGACGCCCAGACUAGAAAAUGGGUCAGUCCACUUAACGGGGAAAGGUUCUACAGCAGUCUACACAAAGCCGAGACGGCAGUGUGGGUCAACUUCUUCUUCUGGCUCAUCAUCGGGGUUCUGGUGCUCGUACAGAGGCGUCAGAGUUCUGGGCCGAAGGCGAUUGUAGAAGGGUACGGCGGGCCAGCCGGAGGGCUUUUCGGUGAUGCGGGGGUGACGGCUGCAGAGACGGAGCCAUUUUUCAACAAUCCUGCAAGGCCGUAGUGAGGACGGGUGUCGCAGAUAACUUACAGAAACACACAUAUACGUUAGCACACACGAUAAUGUGUUGAGUUAAUGUGGGGAAAAGGGUAAAUACAUCUGGUGUACAGUGCCUCGUAUUCCAAUGAAUACGAACACAUUUUGUGAGAUAACGCAUGAUGCUAAUCACAGUAAUACGUUUGUUUGCUUUAGGGUGUUGCAGCACAUAGAUACAAUAGAAGCAUUCACUCUCGACGAGGAUGGGAUUCGAACCCACGCGUGCAGAGCACAAUGGAUUAGCAGUCCAUCGCCUUAACCACUCGGCCACCUCGUCUGGCAAGAUUACAUGUACAUGUACCCAUUUCCUACAUUUACUCACGAAAGCCACUCCAAAUGUCUAACUACUGGGUCACACAGAAAUAUGCGUUUGUUGUAUUUUGUUUAUAAAAUAUAACAAGAAACAGGAGAAUGCUUAUUGCAGGCAUUCAUUUUUUUUAUUUAAUCAAUGUGCUCAAAUUUUGUAUUUUUUUUAUGUGAUUGGCAGAUGUGACCUAUGUAAAACAUGUUUUCACUCAUUUUAAAAAUUAUUGUAGACACUCCUCAACAGCUUAAGUAAAAAAAAAAAAUAAAAAAAAAAAGUAAACCUUUGAGAAGUUAGUAUUCUGAUGUUCACUAUAUGCCUAUACCAGUUUUAUUUCUGUAAGUUGUCUUUAUCCUUCAUUUGUAGUUAAUUAGUUAGUGUGACAUUGAGGCCAAUCAUCUCUUCUCUUCAUUUUGGAUAGUUUAGUCUCACUAUGUGAACAAAACCACUGCUUGAAGAAGCACCUG